AUGGACAGGGGCACCAGCAAGCUGGGCCUCCUGUGGAUCCCACUUUCCGUUUUACUCCUCUUGCUCAGGGAACCUGCCUGCCUGAGGACCCAGGACCACUCCAGCUGUCCAGAACCCAGGGAACUGGAAGCCAGCAAAAUUGUCCUCCUGCCCAGUUGUCCUGGAGCCCCAGGAUAUCCUGGGGAGAAGGGAGAUCCAGGUCUUCAAGGGCAACCUGGACCACUGGGCAAGAUGGGCCCCAAAGGUGAGCCUGGUGAAUGUAGCUUCCAGGAGCUGCUGAGCUGGGGCACCAUCUUGAGCAGCCGUUACCAUCUGUGCCUACCUGAAGGCAGAGCCCUUCCAGUCUUCUGUGACAUGGACAUCCCAGGGGGUUAAUGGCUGGUGUGCGGACCUCUGCCUCCCUCCGUGUUCCAGAGGUAGCAGGAUGGUUCCGUGGAUUUCUUCCGCUCCUGGUCCUCCUACAAAGCAGGAUUUGGUAGCCAAGAGCCCAAAUUCUGGCCGGGGAAUGACAAUCUGCAUGAGCUGACUCUCCAGGGUAUCUGGGAGCGGCAUGACUUUAAUGGCAACUGUACCUUUGCCCAUUACAAGUCCUUCCACCUUGUUGGGGAGGCAGUCACUCACUACCAGCUGGUGCUGGGUAAGUUCUCAGAGGGCAGUGCAGGUGACGGACACCUGAGUUACCACAAUGUGAAGUCCUUUACCACCUACGAUGAUGACCAUGAUAUAAGUGGGAGUGACUGUGCGGUGACUGUCCAUGGUGCCUGGUGGUGUGGAUCCUGCUAUCAAGCCAAUCUCAACAGGUGCUAUGCGAUGUACCAGACCACUGCCCUCACGUAUGGCAUUGACUGGGUCUCAGGCCUCAGUGUGGGCCUCCCUUACCACAGGGUUUGCAUGAUGCUUUGCUAG